AUACUUUUACCGGAACUCGUUUCCUGAGAUGGCGAUUGUUGUUCAGCAUUCAUAAAAAUCUUCACGAUGAUCCAGGUCCCCAGCGCAACGGCUGAGCGCCCCGAUGGCAUCACCGCCGACAAGGAUGCGGCGCUGGCGGUGGUAAGCGACGAAGCGCAGGAGAUUGAUCCCGCCGUGGAAAGACGCGUGCUGCGCAAGAUCGAUAUGUUCUUCAUGCCGGCGAUGUUGAUCGGUUAUGGAUUUGUAUAUUGGGAUAAAGCUAUUCUGGGAAGCGCCUCUCUCUUUGGAAUGACGACCGAUUUGGCCUUGAUGGUGGUGGAUGAUUCCACCUCGCCACCGUCAAAAGAUACAUCGCGUCUCAGCUGGGCCACCUCCAUCUUCUACUUCGGUAUGCUGGCCGGGCUGUACCCGAUGACCUUCAUCCUGCAGCGAUUUCAGAUUCGAUACGUCUUCGGACCGAUCGUCAUGCUGUGGGCGAUAACCUGUGCAGCUACUGCGGGUGUAACAACUUGGCAGGGGCUGUUUGUCCAGCGGUUUUUCCUCGGAUUCGUCGAGAGUGUCGUGCCAACCGGCUUCAUGACCAUCGUCAGCGGCUACUACACCCAGCAAGAGCAGGCCAUGCGUCAGGCCUGGUGGUUCUCCGGCACCGGGUGGUUCACCAUCAUCGGCGGAGCUCUCAACUACGCCUUCGGCCAGAUCACGUCCGGCGCGCUGACCCGAUGGCAAUACAUCUACAUCUUUGCCGGAGCCUUGACCUUUCUCUUCGGCCUCUGGUGCUGCAUCAUGCCCAACUCGCCCGUGUCCGCGUGGUUCCUGUCGCCAGAAGAGCGCGUCGUCGCCGUCGAGCGCCUCCGUAAGGGCCAGACCGGCGUCCGCUGCCAACAGAUCAAAUGGGAUCAAAUCAAAGAAGCCUUCCUCGACGUCAAGAUCUACCUUGUGGCGAUCAUGAUGGCCGCAGCAUACACCAUCAACGGGGCCAUCUCCGGCUUCGGUCCCCUCAUCGUCUCCACCUUCGGCUUCGACACCCUCGACUCCAUCCUAUUCCAAUUCCCCGUCGGCGCCGUCUGCGUCAUCUUCAUCCCUCUCUGCGGCUUCAUCUCCUCCCGGAUCCCUAACACCCGCAUCCCGAUGCUCAUCGCCUGCUGCCUCCCCGUGAUCGCCGGGUGCGUCAUGAUCUGGAAGUCUGAAUGGGGAUAUCAACCCGCAACACCUGUCGCCGGGUACGCGAUUACCGGAUUCUUCGGGCCCGUAGUGAGCCUCAUCAUCACACUAGGAGCCAGCAACGUUGCGGGAGCCACGAAGAAGACCAUCAUGGCGGCGACGGUGUUCGUGGCGUACACGGUGGGCAACAUCAUCGGGCCGCAGCUGGUGAACAGCAAGACGGUGGAUCAGCAUUAUCCGGAGCUCUGGCAGGGGUUGAUUAUUUGUUAUUGUAUUACGAUUGCGGCAGCGGUGGUUUUGUAUGUGUUGCUGAGGAGGGAGAAUCGGCGCCGCGAUGCCAUGGAUGUGGAUGAGAGCUUGAGGGAUAAGUUGGCGUUUCAGGAUCUGACGGAUAAGCAGAAUCCGUUUUUUAGGUAUGUUUUGUGAUGAGGUUGGUUUGAAUGGGUGUGAUGAUAAGUGGAUUUAAUAUUCUCGAU